AUGGAGCCAAAGCGAUCGCCCUUCCUGCACCCGGGCUCGAGAACCACCCCCGACUCCCUUGCCAUCAUCCUCCUCUCCCGCGACAACCUCCUCCCAGUCUACCCGAAAGAAUUCACAGGCGAGCACGAUGGCUACGCCGAGGGCGUCGUUCUGAAUACCCGCUAUGGCUCCUUCCCGCAUAGCACCCUCCUCAAUGUCCCCUGGGGCUCUCAGGUCCGAGCUUCGGCCGUCGACACCGGCUCGCGGGGUCGCAAGCGCAAGCGAAAUGCAGAAUCGCAGCAGCAGACGCCCGCAGACACCCCGAGGGACACCCCGAACGAGGACUCGCAGGCUGGCACCGGCACCGAUGCAGCACCGAAGAAGGUCGACAUCCCCACCUCCAGCAGCGGCUUCGUCCACAUCCUGGCGCCGACCCCGGAGCUGUGGACUAUGAGUCUGCCGCACCGGACGCAGGUCGUCUACACCCCCGACUACAGCUACAUCCUGCAGAGGAUCCGGGCGCGGCCGGGCACAAAGAUCAUCGAGGCGGGCGCCGGCAGCGGCAGCUUCACGCAUGCCUCGGUCCGGGCGGUCUACAACGGAUACCCCACGGCGGAGGAGAGCUCGGGCGGCCUCACCAGCAAGAGGGGCAAGGUAUUCAGCUACGAGUUCAACCCCGACCGCUACGCGGCCAUGAAGAAGGAGAUUGGGAUGCAUGGCCUCGAAGGCCUGGUGCACCUCACGCACCGAGACGUCUACACAGAGGGCUUCUGCAUCAAUGGCCAGAGCCCCGAGGCCGAAGCCGUAUUUCUCGAUCUGCCUGCCCCGUGGGAGGCGAUUCAGCAUCUCACUCGACGCAAACCCGCACCUACAAAUGGCAAAGACGGCCAAGACAAGGUGGUAGGAAGCAACGAGGACUCUCCCAAAGAUUGGGUCUCCCCGCUCAACGGCAAACAAUCGGUCUACAUCUGCACGUUCUCCCCAUGCGUCGAGCAGGUCACACGCACGGUCUCCGCCAUGCGUCGCCUCGGUUGGGUCAACAUCGAGGUUGUGGAGAUUGCCAACAGGCGGCUCUACGUGUCGCGCGAGCGCAUCAGCCUCCGGAUGUCUCCCGACAAGCGCGGUGUCCAGCACGCACCCCGCGACGUCAAUGAGGCAUUGGGUCGGCUCAGGCACAUACACGACAAGGCCUUUGGACGCAACAAGCGAGAGAGCAGCAGCAUGGAGGUGGACGAGGACGGCGACGAGGAGAUGGGCAGCGACAACAACAGGGGUGAGAACGGGGCAGCAGGCGGUGUAGAGAGCGGUAGUACAUAUGCGGACAAGCCCUGGAUGGACGGGCAGCUAAUCACGCGUACCGAGGGCGAGCUGAAGAGUCACACGUCGUACCUGGUCUUUGCCAUCCUGCCGCGGGAGUGGACCGAGGAGGACGAGGCGGAGGCGUUGAAGAAGUGGCCCGUAGGCAAGGAGACGGGAGUCAUUGGGGCCCUAGACAAGAAGGCGCGCAAGGAGGAGAAGCGCAAGAUGCACGUGGGGAAGAAAAACAAGGCUGCGGCUAUCGUCGCAGAGGAGGCGGCCAAGACGGCGGCGGGAGAUGAGCAGACCGAGUCGCCAGCAACCGAUGUCUAG